GCCAACGAAUUGAAGUAAAGCUCUCAGUCAAGUUCACCAGCAGGGAGUUCAGCUUGAAGAGGAUGCUGUCCCGAAAACACACAGGGGUCUUUGGAGUCAAGAUUGCUGUGGUCACCAAGAGAGAGAGGUCCAAGGUGCCCUACAUCGUGUGCCAGUGUGUGGAGGAGAUCAAGCGCCGAGGCAUGGAGGAGGUGGGCAUCUACUGCGUGUCCAGAGUGGCCACGGACAUCCAGGCGCUGAAGGCAGCCUUCGACAUCAAUAACAAGAACGUGUCGGUGGUGUUGAGCGAGAUGGACGUGAACACCAUCGCAGGCACGCUGAAGCUGUACUUCCGUGAGCUGCCGGAGCCCCUCUUCACUGACGAGUUCUACCCCAACUUCGCCGAGGGCAUCGCUCUUUCAGACCCGGUUGCAAAGGAGAGCUGCCUGCUCAACCUGCUGCUGUCCCUGCCGGAGGCCAACCUGCUCACCUUCCUUUUCCUUCUGGACCACCUGAAAAGGGUGUCAGAGAAGGAAGCAGUCAAUAAGAAGUCCCUGCACAACCUUGCCAUGGUCUUUGGCCCCACACUGCUCCGGCCCUCAGAGAAGGAGAGCAAGCUCCCUGCCAACCCCAGCCAGCCCAUCACCAUGACUGACUGACCAAGCUGGUCCUUGGAGGUCAUGUCCCAGGUAUGGGAAGACAGGCUUCAGCCCAUGCAAGCCUGACCUGAGAGAGGUGGCCUCUGCCUGCCACACCCCCAGUCCUCCCAUUUUCCUACUUGCAUGGUAUGUGGUGGUAGCUGAGAUUCAGAGAGAGGAACUUGCGUAGGUCUGCAUGGAUGGGAGUGUUAGGGAGGCCCCAUGCCACUUGUGGGUCCUGUUGGUGCACCUCGCUGAGGGCUUAAAACCACCCCAAGUG